GAUGAGGAUGAUGCAAGAAGUUGAGGAGGCGGACGCUGAGAUUCAUCAUGGCCGCUGUAAACAUGACAUCAGCGCUGGCUCGCACGCUCUUCACACAUUCCACUAUAGUUAGAAAAACUGCAUCGGCCGGGUGGGCAUAUAGAACAUAUCGUCCACUUUGUGUAACAGUUGAAAAAACAGCAGAAACUGUGCGUAUAGAAAAGCCAGUUCAAGAAGAUGGUGCAAGGGAGAAGAUGACAGAAGCAGAGAAACAACUUCAAGAACAAAUUGCAAGUUUAUCUAAAGAAAAUGAAUCAUUACUAGAGAAAGUUGCAGACUAUCAGGACAAAUAUCAAAGAACCUUAGCUGAUCGCGAAAAUGUAAGAAUUCGUUUGGAGAAACAGAUUAUUGAAGCCAAACAGUUUGGCAUCCAAGGAUUCUGCAAAGACCUUUUAGAGGUAUCAGAUGUGUUUCGUAAAGCAAUUGAGAGUGUUCCAGCAGAGAAGUUAGAAAAUGAGAACUCUGAUCUUAAAAAUUUACAUGAUGGUCUGGUGAUGACAGAAACCCAGCUAUUAACAGUUUUUCGACGCCAUGGCUUGGUACCCAUCACACCACUCGUUGGAGAGAAAUUUGACCCAUCACUGCAAGAGGCCAUGUUUGAGCUUCAUCUGCCCGAGAAGGAACCUGGAACAGUAGGACACAUUAUUCGUACUGGAUGGACGCUUCAUUCUCGAUGUAUUCGGUCGGCUCAAGUUGGAGUAGUUAAACAUUAGUGUCAUGUUUUGUAUUGUCAGUUAUAUGACACACUAAUUUAAUGUUUAAAUUUAAAAUAAAGAUACCAAGCAUUUCUGAAAGGCAGAGCAUUUUUUCUGUGGAAGUGAAUGGGGUUUAAAUAAUUAUUGUUGAAAGUGCUAUACCUGAAUAUAUGCAAUGACUUUCAUGGUGGCUAGAAGUGCAACAAUACAGUGUUUAGAUUUUCUGUGGAGCUUCAUAUAACUAUAACCUUGUGUACACAGGUCUCAUUUAUCAUUAUGAUGUCAACUAAUACUCCAAGUCAUUGUUUAGUUUUAUAAAAAUAAUUGUCCCUUCUCAGUCACCAGCUAAGGAAGUAUGCAGCACUGAUGCAAGAGCUUGCCAUCAUUGAACAAGACACAUAGUGUGAUAUACCAGUGUAAUAGUCUUCAAAAUAAAAUGUUUAGUUUGUU